CCCGGGGUUCAGGGCGAGGGCCUUCCCGUGCUGUGCGCCGGUCCAACUACUAACCCUGGUUAGCAAUGAAGCGUCUCAUCAUUUUCCUGACGAUUAAUGAAUGGAGAACGGAAAAAGGCAAUUUGGCGUGCUUCUCCAUGCGCUCUGAUAAGUUUAUAUCUCUGUCGCUUCUCUGCAUGAAAUUCUUACUUUUCUCUGCCGUGAUUUGGUGUGGAAAUGCUGGCUUUUGUGCUAUAAGGAGAUAAUUUUGUGGCUGGGAGAGAUUAUAGGCUCUGAUUUGGUUGUGGAAGGCUACAGAUGGGGCGGAGCAAGAAAAAGUCAUCUCCUCCGAGGCCGCAGCAGCAGGAAGGCGAGGGGAGUGUUACAGAAACGGCUCCGGCACGGAAGCGAGGUAGGCCGAAGAAAGUUGUGGAGAAAAAGGUCGAAACGGAAGAGGAAGAUCAUGAGGAAGAAGAGGAAGAAGAAAAGUUCAAGAAAUUGUCAUUUGCAGCUGAAUCUUCUUCGUCAAAGGGAAAGAAUAAGGAGGGAGAAAAAGAAGAUGAGGAUGAAGAUCCAACGGAAAGCAGCGCAAAGGUUGUGAAAAGACCGGGAAUGAGGAGGCGUAAAGGCGAGCCUCGUAGGGCUGCGGAUUAAUUAUUCAUAUAUUCGUUCCAAUUUCUCUGCUGUAAAUCUUUCGAUUGCUUUCAAAUGCUUCUGUAUUUUUCCAAUUUGAAGAAACAACAUAAAGUUUCUAUUCUGAAUUUGUGAUGAUUCUUGAUACUCUUAUAAUAGCCGCAUCUGCUAUUCUUGACAGAUAUAUAUUUUGGAAUAUCAUUGGUAUAAUGUUGAAUAUAUUCACUGAUACAGCUUUCACA